AUUGAGUGACAACAAUAUUUAGAUUGAACACUCGUAGGCUGAAUUUAAUCCUAGCACUAAUGAUAGGGGUAGUCCUGGAGAAGGGUCUGUGUUCGACCAAGGUCACUCUCCCUCUCUUGCUCCAAUCUGCAAAAAUAAUGCUGUAAAUCUGUUUCCAAUAUUAAAGUUCUGGAUAUAGGUUAAAAUAUACUUCGUCAUACAGAAAACGGCCACGCCACAAGGAUGCCUACUGUUCAUAAAGAGAUGUGUGCUGGAUGUCAGAGGGCAAUCGAAGAUAGAUUUCUACUGAAAAUCAUGGACAAUUCCUGGCACGAACAUUGUGUUUUAUGCUCCAUUUGCCAAAUGCCUUUAACCGGAAGUUGUUUUGCAAGGAAUCGGAAGUUCUAUUGCAAGUUAGAUUAUGAAAAAUUAUUCCGGGUGAUGUGUAAUGGAUGUGGUAUGUUCGUGUCUCCUAGCGAGCUGGUGAUGCGAGCCCAGGGAUACGUAUACCACCUACAGUGUUUCAUGUGUAUUGAGUGUGGUCAGCAACUCCAGAAAGGUGACCAGUUUGUCGUGAGAGAUGGUCAACUGUUUUGUAGGCUGGAUUACGAAAAAGAGUUUCACAUGCUGCCUCUUAGUCCGAAAAGUGACGACAGUGAGAGUUAUGAAGAUGGAGAAAGUGAUGGGGGAAAACAUCCGAAGCGACCAAGAACUAUACUCACAACCAGCCAGCGGCGGAAAUUCAAGGCAGCGUUCGAGCUGAAUCCAAAGCCUUGCAGAAAGGUGCGCGAACAACUAGCGGCAGAGACAGGACUCAGUGUACGAGUAGUACAGGUGUGGUUUCAGAACCAGCGAGCUAAGGUGAAAAAGCUAGCUAGAAGACAGAGCCAGGACGGGAAUGGAAACAAGAAUGGAAACGGAAAUAAAAACAAACACAAUGAAAACAAAAAAGACAACAAAUCCGACUCAAAGUCUGACUCUAAGGACGAGGAUACUGAUCAAGAUUGUCUUACCAGACUUGGGGACGAUGAAUCUAUUGGAUCGCUGAUAUCAGAAAACCGUCACCAUGGCAACGCAGAGCAAAUAUCGCCACUUCCUGCCAGCGAAUAUCAAGCGUCACCGUAUGACGACCUAGAUCUUCCUGGGGGAGCUCGGCAUUCUAUGGAGGAGUGUCUGGAUCAUAUGUUCAACGGGGAAACGACAGGUCAUUCAACACUAGACUCAAGUGGGGUACCAAACCCUAUCGACAAACUGUACUCAAUGCAGAAUUCGUACUUCAGUGUGGAGUGAGGAACGGAGGAGUGCAUCAUAUUUAUCUCGUCUUCUUCAUCAUCGAAGCCUGACAGUAUCUCCAUCACCUGUUUGUUUGUGACCCAUUUAAUCUAUUAGGUUACGGCGACAUACUUUUUUUUGUGAAUGGGUGUAUAGAAUCGGUUACGGUUUGAAUACCUGACGCGCGAUUCUAAACUCUAUUAGUGAUAUUCCAAUUAAAUCAGUGUUUUGAUCAGUGCAAUUUGUAUUUUACGACUUUAAGACCCCGUGUCAUCGUAUAUACAGAACUUUGGGGCAGUAUGUCGGUAUUGUACUGUACUGUAGUGUAGCUAUAUGUUACCGCCCAUUUCUUGUGACAUGCGUUUAUUUUAUUAGCUGUCUGAAAAAAAAUCUCCGAUUUUGCAACAUAUACAGGGGGACACACGCCAUACCCAGAUACACUCAUUUCUGUGAGAGAUGUGAUUCUUCACCUUCUCAGCAGGGUGUGAAUUUAGACAAUUAUUCGGGGUUUUUUGUAAGUAGUUAUUCCAAAUAAUGAAUAACUGUAAAAGUUAGCCUUGCUGGCUGUAACACAGGUUUCCUGGGAUGAGUAUUAAAAACUGUACUAUGCCUUGUCGUGGAUACAUACCACGACUGUAUGAAACAUUCCCUGAGAUACGUAUCUCACCUGUACCAUACUUUCCCGGAGGUAAAUAUUACAACUAUACCACACCUUCUACGGAAUGUAUAUAAUGAAUUACUACACAUUAAAUAUUACAACUAUACCACACCUUCUACGGAAUGUAUAUAAUGAAUUACUACACAUUAAACACAUACGAUACAAUUAUAUAAAGUACUGUACAUACUAACUUUGUUCAAAGAAAAACAAAAGUGUCCCUCUCAGUGAAUUCCUGCAUGCCAUAUACAUUUGAACAUUCCUGGUUGUUUUACAUAUUAUUUUUGUUGCAAACAUUUGUGUUUAUUAAUCACAUAUUUACAUUUUCGUAUCACGUGAUCUAUCGAUAAAUAUUACAUCUACUGAAACGUGGCAGUACCUAUUAACUUCAUGCAUACUGAUAAUGUACGUACACAGAUAUGUAAUUUUGCUAGCAAACAUAUUUUAAUCCGCCCCGUCUCCCACUUCCCCCCGUCUGACAUUGAUGACAUUUCUAAUACGAUGCAAAUGUUCUAGAAAUGCUUAAAUAGGCGAAGUUCAUUUGUCAUUCAAAUGAUACCUCAUUCAAUUCCGGAUAGGAUAGGAUUUUGUCUGUGAAUAUAGCUUAAAUAUAUU